AUGAGGCAAGAUUUUACAAAUGGAAGAGAGUUAUGUCGUCCUGCAAUUACAAGGAAGGAGAUAAGUAAAAUUGUUUUGGAAGAUUAUUCGUUUUGGUCUCAAUGCAAGAACAUAGUGAAAGUUAGUGAGCCUUUAGUUAGAGUACUUCGUCUUGUUGAUGGGGAUGAGAAACCUGCUAUGGGAUGGGACAAACAACUUCAUAGUCCUCUGCAUGCAGCAGGUUGCUUUCUUAACCCUACAAUAUACUUUAGGCCUUCAUUUAAAAGGCAAAAUGAAGUUCAAAGAGGGUUGUUAAGCACUCUAAUGAGGUUGGUUCCCGAUCCUGACAUUCAAGACAAAAUAAGUUCACAAUUUGAUGAGUACAAAAAAUCAAUUGGUGACUUUGGCACAUCACUAGCAAUCCACCAACGAGAGAGACUAAAUCCAGUUUCAUGGUGGGAGCAAUUUGGACUUGGAGCUCUAGACUUACAAUCAUUUGCCAUUCAUAGCACAUUUGAAUAUGUUCACUCAAAGAAGAGAAAUAGAUUGGAACAUAAACGAGUAAAUGAUUUGGUCUUUGUCCAUUAUAAUUUGAGGCUUCGAGAAAGGAACAUUCAAAGGAAUAAGUAUGCAUUGGAUCCUAUAAGCUUGGAUAACAUUGACUUGAUGGGAGAUUGGGUGGCUGAAGAACCUGCACUUCUUAAUCCAAAUGACAUAAAUUGGGAUUGUCUUAAUGAACCAGCACCCCUAGUGAAUGUGGAAGAGGAUGCUGAACUUGAAACUAUUGAUGUUGAUGUCGAUGAUGAUGAUGACAACAACAAUGAACAUGGCUUGACAAAUCUUCCAAUGGGUGCUAGUAGUUCUUGUGGGAGUUCUUUUAAUGAUGAAUUUGAUCCUUUUCUCAUGAAUGAUGAUGAGGAGGAGGAGUAA